AUGUCCGCCACGAUGAGAUCGACCGGGUUGGUCCGCGGAACGCCUGCUUUCCGGUCCGCACUUCUUGCCCGUAAUCGGUCCAGUGCCUUGAGCCCGGCCUCCGUGGCAGCCCGCAACCUCCUCCGAAAUGGCCGCGAUCUUCCAUCUCAGAUGUCCGCGCUUGCCAUCCUGAUCCCUCAGCGCGGUUACUCGACCGAGCAGUCUACUUCCAACUCCUCUCAGAAUUACCCUCCUCCCGGCUUCAAUGCCGAGCAAGCCAAGAAGCCAAUCCCCCAGGAUCAGACUGCGCAAGCGCAACAAACCGUUUCCAAGACUCAGACCACCGCUGAGGCGGAAAUCCAGAAGGCGCAGUCUGGAACCGUCGCCAAGGCCUCGGACGACCACAAGAUCGUCGAGAAGAAGACCGCCAAGAAGUUGACCCUUGGACAGAAGAUCAAGAAGGAGGCGCAACACUACUGGGAUGGCACAAAGCUUCUGGCCACAGAGGUUAAGAUUAGUUCACGGUUAGCAUUGAAGAUGGCCGGUGGUUACGAGCUCAGUCGCCGAGAGCACCGUCAGCUUCAACGCACCACCAAAGAUUUGGGACGCCUGGUCCCCUUCUCGAUGUUCCUCAUCGUUCCCUUCGCCGAACUCCUCCUUCCCGUCGCCCUCAAGAUCUUCCCCAACAUGCUCCCCAGCACCUACGAAGGCCAGAAGGCCCGCGAUGCCAAAGCAUUGAACCUCAGCUCCACCCGCAAGGAAGUUUCCGGCUUCCUGCGCAACACUCUGCGCGAAACCGGUCUGCCUCUGAACGCCGCGACAGUCAAGAACGACGAGUUCGCGGACUUCUUCCGCAAGAUCCGCACCACCGGAGAAUCCCCUUCCACCGAGGAUGUUAUCAAGGUCUGCAAAAUCUUCAAGGAUGACCUCACCCUCGACAACCUGUCCCGGCCCCAGCUGGUCGGCAUCUGCCGUUACAUGAACCUGAACACAUUCGGCACUGACGCCAUGAUCCGCUACACGAUCCGUCACCGCAUGCGCCAGAUCAAGCGCGAUGACCGCGCGAUCUUCUACGAGGGCGUUGACUCCCUCUCCGUCCCCGAGCUGCAGAUGGCCAGCGCUUCCCGCGGAAUCCGCACACACGGUGUGUCUCCCGCGCGCCUGCGCGAGGAUCUCGGCAUGUGGCUCGAGCUCCGUUUGAAGCAGGGCGUUCCCUCCACUCUGCUCGUUCUGAGCAAUGCCUACCUCUACACACAGGGUGGCAAGGAGUCCGAGAUGGCUUCCCAGAUUGAUGCUCUCAAGUCCGUCCUUUCCAGCAUUCCCGAGGAACUCUUCCACGAGAUCGAGCUCGAGGUGCACAAUGCCGAGGGUGCUGCUACCAACAAGCAGCGUCUUGAGGUUAUCAAGGAGCAGGAGGAGCUGAUCGAGGAGGAGAACAGCGAGAACGAGGGCACUGGUGUUGCUGCGCCCAAGGAUACUGAGGACAUCGACGAGAAGGAGGAGACUAAGCAGGAGCCUGUCUCGAACGAGUCUAAGCAGUCUCAGGAGGCGAAUGAGGCUAUUGCUGAGGGUGAGCAGGCUGCGAAGACGGAGUCCAAGGAGAAGAAGAGCGAGAGCUCUUAG